UCUUAUACUUCUGCUCUGAUCGGUGAGGCGCCAUGAAGGACCGAUACACCAUCCACAGCCAGUUGGAGCAUCUGCAAUCCAAGUACAUUGGCACUGGCCAUGCCGACACCACCAAGUGGGAAUGGCUGGUGAAUCAGCACCGUGACUCCUACUGCUCCUACAUGGGCCACUUUGACAUGCUCAACUACUUUGCCGUGGCUGAGAAUGAGAGCAAGGCCCGAGUGCGCUUUAACCUGAUGGAGAAGAUGCUGCAGCCGUGUGGGCCGCCCAUGGACAAGCCGGAUGAGUCCUAGAGACCGGGCAGUGACUGGUGCCGUGGACUUGAUGCUCUCCUCCUCGUGGU